ACUGUUUUUGCUUAAUUGGUCAUUGGAGCCUCGACAAGCAUGGAGGUCAGGUUGGAAGUUUUGACGUCAACCACCAUCAAGCAGAAAAGGCCCUGGCCUCGUGUGUCCUGGUUGGGCCAGGAAAAGGAAGCUGUUUUUCUUUUGGAUGAUACACUCAUAAGUGAAAUUAAUUUGCUGUCGGGAAGGACAAAGAAGAAAAUCCCUCGCCUGCAGCCUUUCUUGAAGCACCUUGUUGUCCUCACAACGUCCAGUAAUGAUGCCUGGCUGGCUGGGCUCCUUACUACUGGGGAGCUUUUCCUUUGGAACAAAGAUCAAGAUUGUUUGAAAACGAUCCAAGCAACUGGAAAGCCUAAGGAAAUGAUUAAGGCUGCAGUAGCAAGCUCGUUGAGACUCUAUUUGUAUGUAUCUGGAGAUGGAAAAAGAGUUCUGAUUAUAACUCCUUCUGGAUGCAUAUUUCUUUGGGAAUAUUUGGAACUCAGGAAUAUCUUGUCUUCUAAAAGCCCUUCAUUGGUGGGCCAGUGGUCCCAGAUCAUACCUGAAGAAGCAGUGCGUUUGCCUUCCACUGACGAUAAAGAAGCUGUAGUGCAUGCUGUCUUCAUAAAAAAUGAGUUACUGGGAGACUGCUGCUUGUGUGCAUUUACGUUUUAUUCUGGGGAGUGUCUGAGGUUGACAUUUCUAGCAAUUCGGUGGCAUGAGAAUGUGUUUCCACCUGUGAGCUCAUGGCCAUACCGUGUUCACUGGGCACAGCAAGAUUGCCUUCUGGGUAGUCUGAGUCCUACGUGUGAAUCAGUCAAGUCGAGAGGAGCUUUGAUUUCUGCCUUUUCAAGAGAUGGCCUUACCCUGGCAGUGACUCUGAAUCAGAAGGACCCGAAGGCAACUCAGGUAUUAUUUGUAAACACACUGAAUUUUGUUACUCUCUGUGGAAGCCUUAAAGGCUGUAGCAAUAAGAGCCCCAUGGUUCCUGCUCCCCUUGUCAGGUCUUACUGGGUAGGCGACAUCAGCUGGACUCAUGACAGUCUUUUUCUGGCUUGUAUGUUAAAGCGUGGCUCCCUGGUCUUACUGACGUGCCAAGGUGAACUGCUAACAUUAGUCACGCGUGGCUGCUCGGUAGAAUUUGGGCCAGCUGAGUUUAUUCCUCUCCACCCACUCAUAACAUACAGGCCACCGCAGGGCACACUUCAGGAUUCAGCGCAUUCUGCAGACUCGUCAGCGUCGGCCAGCGACCUGAGGCGACAGAGGUUUUCCGUGAAAACCCACUCCCGGUUGCCCUACCUCGUCGCUUCUGACGGCUACAUGGUCACGACCCUGCGGUUUCUCGAUGGGCUGUCCCCCUCGGGGCUGCUGCGGUCCCUGCUGCUGGACGCGACCCGGCGGCUGGAGAGGGCGUACCGCGGCCUGGUGCUGUCGGAGCCGCGAGGCAGAGCGCUGAACUUGAGGUCUCUGGGGUCCCUGCGGUCGAGCCUGUUAAAACGCCACGGAAGCGAGCGUCCAGCGGACCCUCCCGUCCCCAGGUUCUUGCAGGAAGAGGAGACGGUGAAGUCGCACGAAAAAGCAGAUUGGCAGGAUUUCGAAGCAGAAGAAACGAACGAAAGCACACACUUUCCAAACAACUUGCUCUCUUUUUGGAACAAAAACAAUGAUCCGUCGUUGAGUGGUGCCAAGGAGGGGAGGCUGGAGUUUGCGUCGAUGUUCGACACGAUACACGCGGAGGACCCCGCCGCGGAGGCGGACGGAACCAUCGCAGACCUGCACUCGGUCCAGAAAAACCUCCUCGCGGCCUGGACUGUAGGAGUUUCCAAAAACGUGACGGAAAAAGACGUCAUGCUAAAUUACACAGUCGUUUGUAUCACUUACUUUUUCUACAUUCUGCAGUUUAUAAAACGUCCUUUCCCAGCACUUGAUCUUUCCUUAAGCACGAGCCCGAGGCAUCCUGCGUGGGUGCUUUGUGUCUUUCAGCUCCUCCAGCAGUGCCUGUCGGCCCAGCGCUGGGACCUGCGGGGCCGGCCGGCCGUGCGGGCCCUGGUGGCGCUCACCGCCAGCGCGCUGCAGCUCCUGCUGGCCCCGCGGCACCGGGGCCGGGCCUUCUCCGAGCGGCUGGCCGCCUGCGCUCAUUUACUCAGGAUGGUGGCUGACCACUUAGAUGGCGUGGACCAUCUUCAGCCUGAAGUCUCGGCGACAGCUGGGGGGAGUAGAACAGCCAGUCAGGACUCCCUGGUGGUCCCCAUUUUUCACACAUUUCAAGGCAGUGCUUCCCGGGGCGACUGGCCUGGGAACUCGUCUUUCAGGAUCCGUCCUCCAGGAGCAAACCUCGUUCAGCAGCCAGGACGCAGGCUGGUGUUUCUGUGGAGAGUCCUGUAUAAAAAGACAGUAUGGUAUCAGACACAGUUAAGUCGAAGAGUUCCUGAAGGUGACAGACCGUUCCCUGCAAAGGUGGCCCAGGAAGCCGCUGCUGUCCAGUCCCUGUUAUGUCACAUCCAGGCGCACUUGCAGGCGGCCGGAGCCUGCUUGGGCCGAACCUUACAGCUCAAACCCAUCAGCGGUGAAGAGUGUUUCCUGUUGGGAUCCUAUGAAAAGGCUGUUGAACUGUGGAGGAAAGCUCUGCAAGAAACCCAAGAGAACGGAGGAAGAAGGACCUGCUUUCUUCAGACGCGCUAUUACCUGUCCCUGUUGUACUGCCACCUGUAUCGCUAUAACUUAAACGACGCCCAGGGAUUGUGCGACCAGCUCGUGAGAGGCCUGCUGCGAUGGUCCCGCCUCCCCGUGAGGGACAGUGAGGAGAGUGCGGCGCCCGCGUUGGGACCGCCCGGGCCUGCGCACCCCGAGGCCGCGGUGAGGGUCGUCCAGUCCAUGGCCCGGUUCAUGGCCGCCUAUUUCACCAACCAGCGGCUCUGCGUCCUGCCCCCUCACCACGUGAACGUCCUGCCGCCCCUCCACGUUAGAACAGAGCCGGCCCCGCGGAGCGUCCCCCUGCAGCGCGCGGCGGCGGCCCGGGCCGUCCGAGAGCAGAGCCUCUCCCGCGUGUGGACCGCGGACUACGCCCUGGAGCUGCUGCUGAUCGGCGGCCUGGUGCCGGAGGCCGUGUGGCUGGCCCGGGAGCUCGGGGACUGGAAGACGGCUGUGUCCAUCGGCGUGGCCUGCCAGCUGAGCCGCCGGGGCCGCGGCUUCUCCAGGUUCAAGAAAAAGGGCCAGAAUCUGCCGUUCAACAUGACUCCAGCAGGGAUUUUCCAGGAGAAACUCCAGUGUCUGUUAGGUCAGCCGGCCUCUUCGGAAGCAAAAAGAGAAAUGGGCUCAAAAUACAAACAGUUUACAGAUCCCAUUGAAGAGGAGGACGCGCACCUGCUGCUGGGCUCCGUGCGGGAGGUGCUGAAGGCCGCGGCCAUGGCCGAGGCGGAUGUCCUCUCGGAGACGUGGCAGCUUCUGGUCCGCUCCGCCAAGGACUUCAGCCGGAGGCUCUGGGGCCUGGUGCCCGGCGGCCUGUACCUCCCCGCCCCUCCGCUCUACUGUCCUCAGCCUGCUCUUCUCAGCGAAGAGGACGGCGACGAUCUCCUGUUAAGAGCGGAGAAGGAGACCCGCCAGAAGGUGUCCGGGAUCCUGCAGCGCCUGCUCCUGCUCCUCCGCGCGGCGCGCUGCUCCUUCCCGGCCGCGCAGUGGUACAUCCUGCAGCUGCGGCGGGCCAGGAAGGUCAUGCAGAAGAUUCGAAUGAAAGGGUCCCUCCCCUCCCUGAGUCCCUUCCCUCAGUCAUUGCUGCACUACUGCCUGGGCGGCGUGGCCUUCUUCCGACCCGGAGCAACGGGAGACAGAAAGCUGGAUGAGGUUUCCAUUAAAGCAAUAGGGAGUUUCCGGGACCUCUGUGCGCUGUGCUGGAUGCUGCAUGUCCGGGAUCAGCUAUCCCGCAGCUGCAGGCAGUACCAGAAAGCAAGAGAAGACGCGGGGGGAAAGGAGGACCCCGCCGUGGAGUUGGACUCGUGCGCGGUCGAGCACUGUCUCUGUGCGGUGGAGUGGGCUUGCAGAAUGCUGCCCUUCUCUCGCUUUUCUAACGUCGAGGAGCUUGUUCAGGAUCUGAUUCUGAGCCUUCUUGGAGAUCUGCCACCGGUCAGAAAGGUAGCAGACAUUUUUGUGAAAGCGUUUCCCAAUCCUGAGGACAUCAGGGUUCCUUUAAGAGAAAAAUACCACUCUCUCCGGCAGAGACUCAGCCACUGCGUCGUGAAAGGUCCCCACACCGAGGAGACCCUGUCUGUCGCCAUGCGUGCCCUCCACAAAGUGAGGGCGAAGGCCCUCAGACGCGUGCAGAGGAACAUCGGGCCCUUCGAGACGCACGUCUGGGAGCCCGCGGAGGACAAGCCCGCCGGAGGUCCCGGGUUCGAGGGGUGCUCCCUGGGGACGAGCCCGAGCAGGAGCACACUCACAGACCUGGGCACGCCCCCGGGCCACAGCGAGGCCGACACGCUCUCGGAGGCUCGGUCGGCCGGAGGAAGGAGCGGGACGCCUCUCCAUGGCAGGAAGGCUCCAGAUCACGUGGAAUCAACGCUGACUGCUAAGCCCAGUGAUGACCAGAACGUGGGUGAUCAGAAAGGAAGCCCGACAAGGAGAGAUCAGGAAAAGGCGUUACAGCACGCACUGCCUGUGAUCGGUGUCUGGGAGUUUGAACGUGACGACGACGAGUACGUGAAGUUCCUGGACCUCUUCCUGAGUUACGUUCUGGAGCGAGACCUGCGUGGUUGCGAGGACCCCGGCGUUCCAUUGCUGACGAGCUUCUCGGGGCAUCUUAGAGAACUGGAACUGAACCCUCUGCUCUCGGGCGUGCACGCAGCAUUGCUCCGCCGCCCGGGCGAGGCCAGGGGCCAGGCCGUGUUCCGAGCGGGCUCCUGCUUCGAGGUCGCUCCGGAGCCUGAGGACCCAGAAGGCCCGGCGCCUCCAGCCCCAGGGCUGGCCGCAGGGCCCAGGCCCCCUCCAGAGAACCUUCUGGGUGGUUUUACUGAAAACAGCGGGGAGAGCGGCUUGUUCGGUUUAAAGCGGAAGGCACUCUACAGGACACACGGUGAUGGUGCAGACAAGCCUCGCAUCCCGCGGCUGUCGAGCCGGAGUGCGUGGGCUGCCGAGGGCAGUUGCAGAGGAAGGUGUGUGUUCAGAGUGAUCGGGGGCAGUGACUCAGGCCCCCUGGCCGAGCUCCCUCCUGCGCUGGGUGCAGCGGGCGGCGCAGGGCUGCAGGGGCUGCUGGAGUGGAUGCUGCGAUGGGCCGCCCGCAGGCUGCCCUGCGACCCCAGCCUCCUGGCGCCGGCCCAGGCCCGGCCUGUCCUCCGGGUGAGAACCUCUGCGGCUGCCAUUCUGACAUCACUGUGGCUCUCGGAACAGCCCUACGCUGCUGCCUACAAGGCAAAGAGUGCCAAGGCAAAGAGUGCCGUUAUGGAGGUGCCAGAGCGUCCUCGCCCCGGGUCUCCGAUGGGGCCCCCCGGUGAGGGUGCCUGCAGGAUGCGCGCCGGCUGCUCGGUGGCAGGGUCCGGGCCAGGGGGGCCCGGCGGAGGGGAUGGCCCCAGUGAACCUCGUCGGAGCGCCCUGAAAAUGCCAACUGAAGCCAAAACCCCUGAAAUGAAGGAACCCAAUGAUGAGGGUAUUUCUGUCACUGAUGACACUGAUAAACAAUUUAUAGACAUCAUCGACGAGGACCCUUUAAGAGUAGAAACAUUUACACAGGAGGAACUGGAGACACUCCCAUCAGACCACGAAGAAGACGCCAAAGGACCUGCGGGAAGCCCCGAGAGUCCCCACCCCGCCGCUCACACGCAGACGUCACCACGGCUGUUAGAACAGUCCGCAGGAGCGGCUCCGAGUCCGCGGGGGGACCCGGUGGAGAGAUGUGAGGAGAAACAGCCGGCGGCACAGAAUGGGGCCCAGACCCCUGCAUGUGAAGAGAAGUCGUCCCCGGACCCACCCGCGGUGCCCAAUGGAGUCAGCGUUGCUUCACAAACCCUGGUGCCCACCCCGCCGCCGGCCCCGCGCGGCGAGCCCCGGGCGCCGCUGCCAGACUCUCCCGGUUCUGUUAGGCAGAUGCUCCAGGACGAGAUGUUCAAGUUAGUUCAGCUGCAACAGAUCAACUUCCUGACUCUAAUGCAAAUGGCAGGGUCCUCCCUCCCCAGCCUCCCGGACGCCCACGGGCUGGCCCCGCAGCCGCGGUCCGCGCGCUCGGCGGGAAGCCCGGUGUCCAGCCCGCCCGGGGGCAGCGGCGGGGACGGCUCCAGGGCGAAGCUGAAGGAGAAGCUGCCCGUCCCGCUCCCGGCCACCGGGGAGCCCGCCGGGGAGCCCGGCGCGGAGGGCGCGCCCUCCCUCCCCGGAGCCGUGCCGGCCGCUCCGAGUGCCGGUGACCCUCCGAGUGGCGGUGACCGUUCGCAGAAUGUUCCACAUGGGCAUGUUCCUUGUCAGUUAGAAGGCCAACCGCGGAAUAGCGGUCUGAAUACAGCACCUGGGAGCUUACCGCCGACUUCGCUUCCCCCGGCCGCCGCGGGACACGCUCGCCUCCGCCUUCUGUCCGCACCCCCUGCCACCCCGAGGGCGCCCCCUCCGCCCCCGGCCGCCGCGCUCAGGCCUGGCGAUGCUUUUCCUCUGCUCCGGCUCCAGCCGGACCCCGGUUCUCAGCCCCUCGUCUUCCCGGCGGACAGAGCUCCGUGGGUCCCCCCCAGGGGCCUGCCGCCGCCCCGAGAGGCCUGGGGGCCCUGCGGUUCCCGCCAGCCCCCUGCGCCCCAGAAAGCGGGGCACACGUCAGCGCCCCCCGGGACCCGGAGCCCCCGGAACACCGACGCCCCGCGGCCGGCAGCGGAGCCGAAGCGAGGGCCGGGGACUGGGAUGACAGAACCCCCCGAGCACCUGGACCUGGGUCAGUGUGUGGGACAGGAAGACCUGCCGCCUCGGCGGGACGCGUCAGCGUUCACGCAGCCGGAAGGAGUGUUCGAGGUGCCGGGGCCCCCGGCGCUACCUCCCCGGUAUUCCUUCGGGUUCCCGCUGCUGCACCUGCAGCCGCGCCGCGCUUUCACGUUCUUCUCCGUCUCGAGAGCACCGGUGGCGGCCCCCUCCGUGGCCGUCAGAGCGGCGGCAGGAGAGAGGCGGCCCCCAGGCUUCUCCUUCCCUCCUUCCCGCCCGGCUCCGGGAGACGCGUGCAGAACCCCACAGCUGACUCUGAUUGAAAGCCUCAUUGUGUCUAAGCAAAGCCAGCGGAGACCGACCCCCGAUUUACUGGAGCGAGGAGACCCCGGGCACCUCCCGCUCGGAAAGGACAAAGGGGAGCCGUCUGAAGAGAGGCCAGGGAAGGGCGGCAGGAAAAGGCAAAGACGACGAGCUGAGAAAGAGCUGCAAGAGAAACGCUCAGAGAAGCAGAGGAGAAAACCGAGUGUGGCCGCUGCCGUCCUUCCUGACGGGGACUCGGGAGCAGCUGGGAAAGCCGAGGAGCAGCGGGCGCAUCGUGGGUCCCAGACGUUGGAGGCCUUUGAAGUCCCUCUGGAAACGCUACAGGGUGACGUCACCACGUGCGCUGGGCUGCAUUUCAUGGCCGCUGUGAGGAGGAACGCUGUGGGGUGUCAGGAUGCAAGCACCAACACAGACCCAGACAAAGAAGCUGCUUCUCAAGUGGUUUCUGAAUGUCAGAAAAAUCCACAAGCCAUUUCCUCCACACCAGAAUGUGAACCUGUGACUGUCCCCGAGCCGUUGCCUCCAGAUGUGUUUCUGAAUCUCAGCCUUCCCUCCGGACGGGCAGAGAAGCCUUUGUCACCUUCAGCCUCGGACACGGUUGGACACACUUACAUAAAUGUGAUUGACAUUGAAGCUGGCCACCUGCAGGAACUGCCUGUCAGAGAGCCUUCCGACGAGGACGUCCCCCCACGGCAGGCGGAAGGGCCGACCUCGGCAGCGUUACAUCACAUGGCCGCCUCCGCGCCCGCUGCUGCUCCCCUGCGCAGGGUGAAGAGUCAAGGACCCGCCAGUUCUGCGGUGGACUUGCCUCUCACACCUGCAGAGGCGUCACCGUCCUGUGUGGAGGUGGGAGGCUGGAGAGCAGGCGCUGCCCAAGCGGAGGAGCCCGGGGUCCCCUCCCCUCCAUCGUCAGUCGGAGAGGACAGAGACGUGCCGAAGCCAGCUUUCCAAUUCAAAGAAGAGAGCUCACAGCCGGAUGCCGCGGAAGGGGGCGGGCUGCGGGACUACCUGCUGCAGGAACUGCUGCAGGGCGCCCCCGCUCCUGGCCCUGCGCCCCGCCCUGCAGCGCGCCCCCAGCUGCAGCGCCUCAGCUCUCAGCUCCGGAAAAUUGACGCGCAGCUGCUGGCCAUACAGAGCAUCGCCGACCGCAUCGAGCAGGACUUCCCUGAGCACGGGAUGGUGGACCCGGCGGUGGACCGGCACUGCCAGGAGGUUGAAUCUGUGGAUGACAUUGAAUUGUCUUCUGGCCCUGAAUCUGAAAAAACACUGGCUUCAAAACCCAUUACCAUUUCCAAAGAAGACUCUGGACUAGUGCAUUUCCUGACUCAUAUGAAUAAGGAAGAUCAAAGUGACAAAGAACAGACUUUUGAAGAUGAAUUUUCAGUAACAGAAACUCAUUCUCGUCCGAAAACGUGUGUGUUUCCUUCUGCCGACUCAGUUCUCAGCCUCUCCAGUGACCAGAAUACAAGUUUUCCUGGUGUGAAUAACAAUGAUGAGUUAUUUGAGAGCGUUUCAGCAGAUCCACUCCAGAUGACGGGGCUGACUGACAUUGCAGACAUUAUUGAUGACCUUAUCACCAAAGAUGGAGUUUCCAGCAAAGAGCUGGGAUUAACAGAACAACAAGCCAGGAGCAUCUCUAGGAUUCAGCAAUCUUCCAGUAGCCGAUCUGGAAGAACUGCCAAGGAGAGGAGAGAGAUUCAAGUCUGGAUGAGAAGAAAGCGGAGAGAGAGGAUGGCGGAGUACUUACACCAGCUGGCGGAGAGGAGGGGGCAGGAGCACGACCCCUUCUGCCCCAGGAGCAAUGUGUUUUACAUGACUUCAAGGGAAAUCAGGCUGAGACAAAAGAUGAAGCAUGAAAAGGACAGAUUGCUACUCUGUGACCACUACAGUCGUCGCAUUUCACAAGCAUACAGUCUGAUGAACGAACUGCUGUCUGAAUCGGUACAUCUACCGGCACAGAAGCCAUCGCCUAGCAAGCCCCGGACUGCUCACACUGCCAGGCUGCAGAGCUCCCUUUCUCCAAGAAGAGAGACCCGAUAUGGUCACAACUUUCCAAUAAAUCGACCUGGAAAAGUCAGAUAUAUAUCCAAACCAAGUUAUAUCCCAAAAGGGAAAUCUUUCGGGCAACCUCAGAGCUCACCUUGUCCACAUGGAACUGUCACUUUUACCCAGAAAAAAGCUGGUGGAGCCAGAGGGGCACGGAGAAAGGCUGUGCACUCGCCAGUCACCUUCCGAAAAGGCUCUGCUGCUCCCUGUCUACACCAUUCAAAACAGCAGGGGAGUGCUGGGCUUGGCCCUCACACCGAGCAGGUGUGUGCAGAGGAUGAGAGAGAGGAGACUGUGGUGAGUCCCUGGCUGGUGCCCUCAGACAUCCGCAGGAUUCUUCACGGAAGUCACAGUUCCCUUCUACAAGACUUGUCACCAACUGAAGAAGAGCCAGCGUCCCCUACUGGGGAGGGUGGCAUGGACAGUGCCUCUGAGAGCACUGGCAGCAUCCUCAGCAAGCUCGACUGGAAUGCGAUCGAAGACAUGGUUGCCAGCGUGGAAGACAGGAGCCUGUCUGUCCACUGGGCCCUGGAUCUGUGAGGCCUGCAUGUAUUCUGUGUCCAGGGCCAGCAGCACAGUGGUGUGGGCUUAAGGAAGGGAAGCAAUACCGAGAGGGAUGUGAAUUUACCACCUGCAGCCAUAGAUUACCUGGGCAAGCCAUUUCAAGAGGGAAAAUAAACAUUUCUCAAUAAUUUUGCUUUCCUGGGAAAGGGUUCUUUAAUUAUAGAUGUAUUAUAUGUUUUUGCAUUUGACUUAUAUUUGGGCAUUAUUUUUUAAAUGAUAAAAAAAUAAAACGCACCUUUCAAGCUGA